GUAGGUCAGUCGCGGCUUCAGAUCUUCUCUGGCCGGAGUGAUCUCGCUCGGCCGACGGGGCGCCGGGUCUCGACCCCCAGCCCGACGGCAGCCCCCCCUCCCCGGGCCCGAAGCCUCGAUCACUCCCAGCCCCCGCCACCCGGAGAGGCGGAAGGCCACCUCUGGUCCACAGACGGGCUGCUUUCGGGCGGCGGCGGGGCCUGAGGGGCGGGAGAGGAGGCGGCGAUGGCGCUGUGGCCGGUGGUGCUCAGUGCGUUGGUCCUGGGGCUCCUCGGGGCCCUGCACCUCCUGGGGGUCUUCCGCCGCCGCAGGCCCGGCGAGCCGCCCCUGGACCGGGGCCUGGUGCCCUGGCUGGGCCACGCUCUCGACUUCCGGCGCGACUCGGUCUCCUUCUUGAGCCGGAUGAAGAGGCGGCACGGCGACAUCUUCACGGUGCUCAUCGGCGGCCGCUACUUCACCUUCGUCUUGGACCCGCUCUCCUUCGGGGCCCUGGUCAAGGAGCGCCGCAGCCGGCUGGACUUCGAGCUCUUCGCCCGGGAGCUGGUCUUCCACGUCUUCGGCUACCGAGGCCCUUCGGAGGACCACUCCAUCAUCCUGAACGCCAGCGUCAAACACCUCAUGGGCCAGGGGCUGGAGCACAUGACGCAGGUCAUGAUGGAGAAUCUGGCCAAGGUCCUGCCCCGGCGGGACGGCCCCGGAGCGGCCGGCUGGCGGCACGACGAGCUCUUCCAUUUCAGUUACAGCCUGGUCUUCCGUGCCGGCUACCUGUCCCUGUUCGGCUACGAGGAGGAGACCGGGGUCGGGCCCCAGCUGGACAGCACCUUCUACAAAUUCCGCAAGUACGACAGCUUCUUCCCCCGGCUCGCCUACUCCGUCCUAACCCCGUGGGAGAAGGCCCAGGUCGAGCAGCUCAAGCACCACUUCUGGGACCUGCUGGAGUACCAGAAGAUGGAGAAGUGGGCCAACAAGAGCCACUGGUUAGGGGACCAGCAGCGCAGGCUGACCGAGCUGGGCACUCCCGGUAGCAUGUUGGGUCGUUUCAACUUCAUGUUGCUGUGGGCCUCGCAGGGCAACACGGGCCCGGCCUCCUUCUGGGCCCUGUUCUACCUCCUCAAGCACCCGGAGGCGCUGAGGGCCGUGCGGGCCGAGGUGGAUGGCGUGCUCCGCGAGGCGGGCUGGCAGGGCGGGGGUUCCCUGUUCCAGGUGACCCACAGCAUGUUGCAGCGGACCCCCGUGCUGGACAGCGUCUUGGAGGAGACCCUGCGCCUGACCGCCGGGCCCAUCCUCAUCCGCUCCGUCCUGCAGGACAUGACCCUGGACAUGGCCAACGGACGAUCCUUCGCCCUCCGCCGGGGCGACCGCCUGGCGCUCUUCCCCCACGUGGCCGUCCAGCUGGACCCGGAGAUCCACCCCGAGCCCCACGCCUUCAAGUACGACCGCUUCCUCAACGCCGAAGGCAGCCGCAAGGUGGAUUUCUUUAAGCACGGCAAGCGGGUCAAGUACUACAGCAUGCCCUGGGGGGCCGGCGUGUCCAUAUGCCCCGGCCGCUACUUCGCCACCAACGAGGUAAAGCUGUUCAUCUUCCUCAUGGUGGCCCACUUCGACUUGGAGCUGGAGGACCCCGACACCGAGAUCCCCCACUUCGACAAGAGCCGCUGGGGCUUCGGCAUCAUGCAACCCUCCGCCGACGUGCCCUUCCGCUACCGGCCACGCUUUUAGACGAGGGGACCUCGCCGCCGCCUGGCGGAGGAGACCGGCGGGUGAGCGGGAGGGACCCGGCGGGAGAGCCAGGGGUACGGUGGAGGGAGAGCGAGCCGUGUCUUGGGCCUCCCGGCGCGACGUCGACCUGCCCGCCGCUGACGGGCAUUCCCCGGGCUUCCUCCCGUCGUUAACCAGGGUCAGACGCUCGGCACCGGGGCCCCUUCCCGGCGCUGGAGUGGGGACAGUGGGAUGGAUUAAAUGACCUCCGGCUGCCUUCCGAUA